CCCCCCCGGACUGGACGCCACGCGCGUCCUCACACCCCGUUCCCCGCUCACACCCGGGCUAGCGGGCGACCAUGAGGCCCUGGAGGUUCUUCAGAAGACGAUGAGGUCAUUCAACCAGUUUUCAUCAGCCCCAGGCGGGGCAAGCAAAGGUGGCGGAGAAGAGCCUGGGAAGCUGCCGCCGCAGGCAGAGGAGGAAUCCCAGGUUUUGCACGGAACUGGCCACUGUAAGUGGUUCAAUGUGCGAAUGGGAUUUGGAUUCAUCUCCAUGGUAAACCGAGAGGGAAGCCCCUUGGAUAUCCCAGUCGAUGUAUUCGUACACCAAAGCAAAUUAUUCAUGGAAGGAUUUAGAAGCCUAAAAGAAGGAGAACCAGUGGAAUUCACAUUUAAAAAAUCUUCCAAAGGCCUUGAAUCAAUACGGGUAACAGGACCUGGCGGGAGCCCCUGUUUAGGAAGUGAAAGAAGACCCAAAGGGAAGACACUACAAAAAAGAAGACCAAAGGGAGAUAGAUGCUACAACUGUGGUGGCCUUGAUCAUCAUGCUAAGGAAUGUAGUCUACCUCCUCAGCCAAAGAAGUGCCAUUACUGUCAGAGCAUCACACACAUGGUGGCCAACUGCCCGCAUAAAACUGUUGUGCAGCCACCCGUCAGUUCUCAGGGAAGACAGGAAGCGGAUUCACAGCCAUGCACUGCGGCUUUCCCACGGGAGGUCGGGGGAGGGCAUGGCUGUACAUCACCCCCAUUUCCUCAGGAGGCGAGGUCCGAGAUCGCAGAGUGGCCAGGCAGGUCCCCUCAGGAAGCUUCCUCCACGAAGUCAUCGGCAGCCCCCGAAGAACAAAGCAAAAAGGGGCCUUUUAUCCAAAAGAGGAAAAAGACAUAACCCUUCUUCUUAAUGGAUCGUUUUCUUUCCCCGGUUGGGAAGUCUACCUCAUGCAAGGAUAGGGGAACAGUAUUUCACAAACAGCAGCUGACCUGGGAUUUUUAACUACUGUUGAGGAGCUGUGAAUUUUUCUAAACAGACAAAUCACUCUAAGCAAAUUACAUUGGAGCAGGGUGUCAUGUUUGAUGUAAUUCAGAGAAUGAGAUACUAUGUAUACCUAUAUGUGCAUGUGUGAGAGGGAGAGAGCCUGAGUCUGUGUG